AUGGUGUCCCUGAACGACGUGAUGGUGAAACGCGGUGAGGGAAGGCAGGGGGACACCGCAGAGGGUGGUGUCACGAGUGGCGACUUCCUAGGGGCUAAGAAGGUCAAGAGAAGUGUGUCGUUGAGUACGGAGAACAAACCAGCCGCCGUGGGGAAGAAAUCACUGUUUGGUACGUUGUUUGGUGGUGGUGGGAAGAGACAGACUGGCGAGGAUGCACAGAUUGUCACUGCAACUGCAGUAGAAUCGUCGUCGUCGUCGUCGUCACCCUCAUUGUCCUCGUUACCGUCCCCAUCUCCAUCACCAACGACGGAAACACGAAUCAAUGCCUCGCUAGGGAAGGUCGCCUUGAAGCGAGUCGCAUUCAGCGUGGAUAAGUUUACGGGGGACCCGCCGCAGCAGUUGCCCUCGAGGAACCCGAAGAAGGGGAACGUCCUGAUCCCGCACGAGAUGGUCAGCGAAGUGCCGUCCAUUUCACUAGGGAUCUCAACGAGCCUACCGCAGGACACCAACGAAACACAGAUCACAAGGGACUCAAAGGAGUACAAACAAGCAGUGGCAAACUACGACGUCAUGGUCAAUGAGGCAAAGGUCCACCAACGGGAGGCACACUACGCGGCAAAGAGAAUCGCAGAUGAAGUUGCAACUUUUAAAUACAACGAUGACAAUAAGAGCAGCGACAACGGCAACGGCAACGUAACAGCGGAGUCGCCCAUAAACACAGCAGGACUUGAGAUCGAUAUGCCCAUACACAUGCACGAACACUACUUUGAGGCAACCCCACCGGAGGAUGAGCUGACUUUGGACGUCGUAUACACACGGUGUUGCCAUCUGAGAGAGAUCUUGCCCAUCCCAUCCACGCUCCGGCAAGUGAGGGGAAAAACGGCACCGCUGCAGGUGCUCAAAUUUUUGAACGCAAAACCAACACUUAUCGACUGUCUCUCCUUCUGCGACUUCUUACAAAUCACCCCCAUCAACACUAUUGUGUUCGACAAUGUCAACUUAAGCAGCGAAAUGUUCCGGAUCCUGAUCAAGUCCCUGGCACAGUCAAAGGUGUUAGAGAAACUCAGUUUGAGGAACGUCAUCAUAGACAAAGAAAACUGGACACUUCUGUGUAAGUUCCUUCUCAGGAACAAAUCAAUUGUGAAAUUGGACCUCUCGCAAACACACACCAAAUUCAAAACAACAGACUACUUGGGGAACAAACUACAACCACAGGACCCGCUCGCACUGCGACACAAUCUCGACUGGGGGUUAUUCAGCAACGUACUGGUCAACAGGAGGGGCAAACCCAUCGAGGAACUUCUCCUAAACGGUGUCAAGUUUAGCCAACUGCCAAAUACGGACAUGUUCGAGUCAGUACUGACCGCAUUGAAGGGCCAGCCUUGUGCCACAUCUUCUGCGGUGAAAAUACGCCUUGGACUGGCCACCUCAGAAAUAUCCCUCGAUUGCAUCAAAACUGUGUUCACCUGGAUGUCAGGAACUGGAGGAAAGUUCCAAAUACAAGGUGUCGACCUCUCUCAUAACGACCUCUCAAGCUACAUCAAACCUAUGGUCGGUAGGUUAUCGUCCCUGCAAUACAAUAAUCUGGAGUACUUUACUUUGAAUAACACACAACUCUUAAAGGGGUACGACCUAGCACUGAUAUUGAAGUACCUCUCGAAGUUGCCCAAUUUGGUCUUUUUGGACUUGGGUAACCUCCCGCAGUUGUUCCCGGAUAUCUUGCCUUACAUCUACAAAUAUCUGCCCCGGUUCAUGAGUCUGAAGAGAAUCCACCUCGACAACAACAACCUCACGUACAGGCAGAUGGCUGUUGUUUCCAACGUUUUGAUGAAAUGCAAAUCCCUCAAACAUAUUUCAAUCACACAACCAUCGUUCAGAAUAGAAUCCGAAUCGGUGAGCACACUAAAUCUGGCGGAUUGUCAGGAGUCCUUCUCGCCACCACAAGAGAGGAGACCGUUUGGGAAGAACGCGCUGUGGUUCACCUUCUACAACUUGGUGAAAACGUGCCCCAACCUAGUUGGGCUCGACAUCAACUACGAAGAGAUGCCAGAGGAGAUCCAAUCUCGGAUUGCCAUUUGUCUGAUGAGGAAUAUGAACAGAGCAAUGGAUUCCACGUUUCAGUUGGACGAACUGACCUCACAGGACGAUCUGCUUUUCGAUGGUAAUCUUGUGACCGCCUCUGCAGAGGACGUCCUAAAGAAGUUAUCCCUCUUAAACAUCGACGAAUUCAAUAAAGUGUGCGACCAGAAGGGCGAGGCUUCCAAGAAUAAAGACGCAAGCGCAAAGAGAUACCUGUUGAAGAAAUACUUUGAGAACCUGCAGAAAGUCCACGAGAGCGUGUUGCACAAAAUCGAUUCCAUGUUCGAGAAGCGGAACACGGGCGAGCUCACUCUCACGGAGAAGGAAAACUUGCUGAGGUUCCUGCUGCUGGAAAAAAACCUGUCUCAUAUCUUCGAACUGUUGAACAACACGCCGCAGAUGGCAACCGUCCUCAACUCUUUGAAACUGAAGGUCCCACACAUCCAAAACAAGCAUUUCCAAUCUUCGCAACAGGUGGGAUCGAAUGCGGAUAUCGCGCUGUCACCGCCUGAGGUGCUGGAGGCGCGCCCCCAUUUGAUGGCAACAGAUUCUGGUAAGACAAUCGACUGUUCAACGGGUAAACCCGUGUUAUUCCGUCGCAGCUCAGGGACAUUGGUCCACAGCAAGGAGCAGGAGGUCGAGGAAGGUGAAUUGCAUAAAUGGGGGUUCUACGUCCAGCAGCAAAGAUCGAUCUACCCAGCGAAUAACAAUGAACCGCAAUCGGACUCGACGGUGCAAACGAGCAGUGUAUCGCUGCCAAGCAUGUUAACGGCGGCCAGCUCAUCACCAGAAUCUCCAACUACGCCGACCGCUCAGCAACAAAUUCCUCAGCCGAAGACAUUGAUCACUAAGAUACCAUCGGGCCAAGAGCUGCGUUCCGCUAUUAUAAAGGCGAAAGGUAUCGACUCCAUUGAGGAACUGAUCCAUAAUGUCAGCGACGAACAAGUAGAAUUGCAAACAAUCUACGGUGAUUCGGUACAGUGCUCAAAAGUCACGGAGGCAUACGACAAGUUACUAAACGAUAUAUCUGUCAACAGAGCGCGUUAG